CCCGCUUCCCCUUUCUCCGGGAGGGCCGGGAGCCGGCGGCCCGAGAAGGUUCAUAAUGGACCCUUUCAUCGGCAGCCGGUGGCCGGGCGCCAGGACGGACUCCGGGGAGGCCCGUGUGCUGGUGUAGGCCUGCCCCGCGCGCUCUUCCCGUCCCCGCCGGCCCGCCCCGCUCCCUCCCGGGCGCCGGCGGCCACGGCUGCUGCCGUUGCUGCCGCCGGGACCCCGCUUCCUGUUUGCCCUCCGCGGCUCCGGCUGCCAUGGAAGAGGAAGAGGAGGCGAUAGGCUUUUUGGACAAGGUCCUGGAGGAUGAAGAUGUGUUUCUGCUGGAGGAGUGCGAGCUGGGAACCCCGACCAGCCCCAGCUCAGGGUCCCCCUUCUUGGUGACUGUGAAGGUGGAAGCAGGGAAGGGCCUGGAGAUGAGAAAGCUGGUUCUCUCGGGGUUCCUGGCCAGCGAAGAGAUCUAUAUUAACCAGCUGGAAGCUCUGUUGCUGCCCAUGAAACCUCUGAAGGCCACUGCCACCACCUCCCAGCCCGUACUCACCAUCCAGCAGAUCGAGACCAUCUUCUACAAGAUCCAGGACAUUUACGAGAUCCACAAGGAGUUCUACGACAACCUCUGCCCCAAGGUGCAACAAUGGGACAGCCAGGUCACUAUGGGCCACCUCUUCCAGAAGCUGGCCAGCCAGCUUGGUGUGUACAAAGCAUUUGUGGAUAACUAUAAAGUCGCUCUGGAGACAGCUGAGAAGUGCAGCCAGUCUAACAACCAGUUCCAGAAGAUCUCCGAGGAACUCAAGGUGAAAGGUCCCAAGGACUCCAGGGACAGCCACACGUCAGUCACUAUGGAAGCUCUGCUCUACAAGCCCAUUGACCGAGUCACCAGGAGCACCCUGGUCCUACACGACCUGCUGAAGCACACACCUGUGGACCACCCAGACUACCCGCUGCUACAGGAUGCCCUCCGCAUCUCCCAGAACUUCCUGUCCAGCAUCAAUGAGGACAUCGACCCCCGUCGGACUGCAGUCACAACCCCCAAGGGGGAGACGCGGCAACUGGUGAAGGACGGCUUCCUAGUGGAAGUGUCGGAGGGCUCCCGGAAGCUGCGGCACGUCUUCCUCUUCACCGACGUCCUCCUGUGCGCCAAGCUAAAGAAGACAUCAGCGGGGAAGCACCAGCAAUAUGACUGCAAAUGGUACAUCCCCCUGGCUGACCUAGUGUUUCCAUCCCCUGAGGAGUCUGAAGCCAGUCCCCAGGUGCACCCUUUCCCAGACCACGAGCUGGAGGACAUGAAAAUGAAGAUCUCUGCCCUUAAGAGUGAAAUCCAGAAGGAGAAAGCCAACAAAGGACAGAGCCGGGCCAUCGAACGCCUGAAGAAGAAGAUGUUUGAGAAUGAGUUCUUACUGCUGCUCAAUUCCCCCACAAUCCCGUUUCGGAUCCACAAUCGGAAUGGAAAGAGCUACCUGUUCCUACUGUCCUCAGACUAUGAGAGGUCAGAGUGGAGAGAAGCAAUCCAGAAGCUACAGAAGAAAGAUCUUCAGGCCUUUGUCCUGAGCUCGGUGGAACUCCAGGUGCUCACAGGAUCCUGUUUCAAACUUAGGACUGUACACAACAUCCCUGUCACCAGCAAUAAAGACGAUGAUGAGUCUCCAGGGCUCUAUGGCUUCCUCCAUGUCAUCGUCCAUUCUGCCAAGGGGUUUAAGCAGUCUGCCAACCUGUACUGUACCCUGGAGGUGGAUUCCUUUGGCUACUUUGUCAGCAAAGCCAAAACCAGGGUGUUCCGCGACACAACAGAGCCCAAGUGGGACGAGGAGUUCGAGAUUGAGCUGGAGGGCUCUCAGUCCCUAAGGAUCCUGUGCUACGAGAAGUGCUAUGACAAGACCAAGGUCAACAAGGACAACAACGAGAUCGUGGAUAAGAUCAUGGGCAAAGGGCAGAUUCAGCUGGAUCCACAAACUGUAGAAACCAAGAACUGGCACACCGAUGUGAUUGAGAUGAAUGGGAUCAAAGUGGAAUUCUCCAUGAAAUUCACCAGCCGAGACAUGAGCCUGAAGAGGACCCCCUCCAAAAAGCAGAGUGGCGUCUUCGGUGUGAAGAUCAGCGUGGUGACCAAGCGGGAGCGCUCCAAGGUGCCCUACAUCGUGCGGCAGUGUGUGGAGGAGGUGGAGAAGCGGGGCAUCGAGGAGGUUGGCAUCUACCGGAUAUCAGGGGUGGCCACAGACAUCCAGGCGCUGAAGGCCGUCUUCGAUGCCAAUAACAAGGACAUCCUGCUGAUGCUGAGUGACAUGGACAUCAAUGCCAUUGCCGGCACCCUCAAGCUCUACUUCCGGGAGCUGCCCGAGCCCCUCCUCACAGACCGACUGUAUCCCGCCUUCAUGGAGGGCAUCGCCCUGUCAGACCCUGCUGCCAAGGAGAACUGCAUGAUGCACCUGCUCCGUUCCCUGCCCGACCCCAACCUCAUCACCUUCCUCUUCCUGCUGGAACACUUGAAAAGGGUUGCUGAGAAGGAGCCCGUCAACAAAAUGUCCCUUCACAACCUGGCUACCGUGUUUGGCCCCACGUUACUGAGACCCUCCGAAGUGGAGAGCAAAGCACACCUCACGUCGGCCGCCGACAUCUGGUCUCACGAUGUCAUGGCGCAGGUCCAGGUCCUCCUCUACUACCUGCAGCACCCUCCCAUCUCCUUUGCAGAACUGAAGCGGAACACACUGUACUUCUCCACCGACGUGUAGCCCAAGGUGGGAGCGGCUGUGGGGGGCGGCCCUGAGCCAGCCUCUCCAGCCAGGGACCCAACCCAGACUUGAAGGACUGCAAUAGCGAACUCCCAAACCCAGCGCUCCGCACUCCAAGGGACACAGAUUUCCAAGAACUGGAAGACAUGUAUCUUUUGUGCCACCUUGUACAAAGCCAGCCGACCCGGCCCCGGCCCCACCACGCACCCCGGCUCUGCCCUCGUUCCUCUAGUCGUGUCUAAUGCUCCGUGCUAUUUGGGAAUUGUUUUACGUCUAUUUGUCAUGCAGAAAAGGUAGUGACCAACCCGGUGUGGGCACACAGGCAGCCUGCUUUGUUCUUUCAUUUCCUCCAACACUUUCUUUCCUCCUGAGUCCGGUCCAAGGGCUUUUAUUUUGCGCUCUGUAACUGCUGCCAGCUUCGCCUCUCUUGGCCCUGCUCCCAGAUCAGUCUCCUGGCGGCCUCCCCUCGGUCUUCCUCCACCCCGUCCUCCCUGCCCGGCCCCCGCCCCCCGACUCCCCAAGCCUGCCUGCAUGCAUUUUCAGCUUUGGGUUUUGAUCCAUCACCUUGAAAGUUCUGAGGCGGCCCUGGGCAGCGGUGGCGGGGGGUGGCCGGUCCGAUGCUGCCGCCCCCCACCCUCUCCUUGUCCCCUCACCUGUGGAGACACUCCUGUCUGCCUUGCCGCCUGUGCAAAUGUUGGACAAGGAGACAGGCUCGCACUGAUCCUCGGCUCAGCACAGGCUGGAGAGCGGAUUGCUGGGAUUUUUUCCACCUGAGAAACUCUGUUCUGUCUCCAGUCCCCGUGAGGCACCUUUGCCUGUUUCUUCUCCUGCUUUUCCGUUUCUUUUCUCCUGCUGUUCUAUUUUGAGUGUAGAGACUCACCAGAGACCUGCUGUCAAGGCAGCCAGAGGGUCAGGAAAGAAUCGGGGGAGGUGGGAGAGUCAGGUUGCCAAGGAGACAGAGCAAGUGGGCUGCUGAGAGUGCCAGGGAGCACUGGGCAUCUUGGGCUGGGAGCAAGGAGUUGUGGUGGCUUUUCUGGUGGAGCCAGGCUUCUGGGAGGGCAACCAUGAGGGCUGAAGCAGGCGUCUCGAAACAGGCAGGCUCCAUCCGAGAGGGCUAGCCCUUCCUGGUGCCUCCCGUACCUCGUGGUACCUUUGCCUUAGACAUUACACUUUCUCCACAGCCAAGCACUGCCAUGGGGCAGCCCCCACGGCCACGUGCGCCCCAGGGCCUGGGAAAGUCAGGCACGGUCCAGCAGUAGCCAGCCGUCAUGGUGCUGCCUCCGGUCCCUGGCUUCUGAACGCAGCCUUGUGGGUGAACUCGGGGGGACUCUUAGGAGUUGGGGUUGUGCCAGGUACCUGCCUCUCUCGGGACUGGGUUUUGCAGGGGACCCUGGUGGUGGGUGCUCGACCCAUCUGCAGGGUCUGAUCCCCGUUGAAGGCCGCUGCUCACUGGAAAGGAGUGAGAAGUGCCCCCGGCAUGCAGUUUCUUCUCUCCUGAGCAGCGCUGCCGGCCUCCAGCAGUUCACCUGGGAGGACAGACACUCCUGGCGGCAGGGGCUGGAGCUACAGGACACGGCUCCCUGGCUCUCCUGUGGCAGAGACUAGAUUCCAAGCCCUGGGGGUUGGAGAGACAAGCUCUCCAUAGCUUGAGCUCAGGGCGGUUUUAAAGAAGGGUUUGGGGCCCUGAAGCCUUAGCACCGGUUCAGUGAGAGGAAGGGCCCCUUGUCUCGUUUACACCUGUGGCCCCGGCGUGGGCAGAAUGGUACACAUUCAGUGCAUGUCGGAGGAUAGAUGCCCAAGAGGAGAGCGGUACUGACGCCCUGGCUGCCUGCUAAGCAGCUGAGCGAGGAGCCCCACUCCCUAAGAUAAGGGGCUUGGGCCACAGGUGGAGAAAGAAUGCUGCAGUCUGAACAUCCCCCGUGUCUGACCAUCCCUGGAGCCUGCUUGGCACUCUGGAGCCGGCAGGUGGCCUGGAAGGUUCUUGCUUCCACGGCCACUAACUGGAAUGAAUUGGAGCCCCACCUAGAGCUAUUUACAGCCCCUAACGGGCGCCUCCCACCUUCCCCAAACCAGGGACAUGUGCCUCUCAGCGUCAGGUAGCUACUGCAGCCCCCAACCUCUUGGGUGAUGAGAACGGGAGGAAGGCUGGAAGGGCUGAGAAAUGGAAAAGGCUCAGCAUAUUUAUCAACUCGACCCCCAGAACUGGGAGGAGUGGGUACCAGACCUGGACUAAGCUGCGCUGAGGGAACAGCCCGUGGGUUCUCCUGAGCAACAGGGACUGUACAGAACCCCAGCCACUGCCCAGCAGGGCAGGCUGUGCCAACAGGAGCCCACAGACAGGCUACAGGAGUCCACACGCCUGUCCUUGCUGGCGAUGGCUGCGGGCUGCCGGUGUUGUGCUGUUACAGGUAUGAUGGGACCCUUCAUUAAUAUCUGACUUUCUUAAGUUGGUAAGGAUAUAUUUUUCUUUGGUCUAUGUUCUGUUUCAACUUAUGUAGAUUAUUAUAAAUUGAUGUAAGCCACGUGAGAGGAAAAUGUUAAUAAAAAAAAAUCUGCAAAGCCCCAAC